AUGGCGGCUCCAUAUGCUAGUGAUCAAGUACAAAUAACGGAUGUCGAUUCAAAACAACUUCUUAACACAAUUUACGUUCGUCUAAAUGACCUUGACUGCAAAAUGUCUUUCGUUCUUGAAUUACUAUCACAGAGGCUACCUAAUUCAUCAAUAACAUCAGGCAAUGUAAAUGAUUCUCAACGUAAUGUUUCUACACCAUCUUCAAGUGAACAACAAUUAACUCCUGGAAAUGGUGGAGAUAAUAAUAAUAUUAAUCAAAUGUUAAUGUCUAACACUUUUCUUGGAUUUCCUACAUCAGUUACAUCAUCUCUACUGGCAGCAUGUCAACAAAUUACUAAUACUAAUAACAAUACCGAUACUACAAAUCAAAGUAUUCUUGAUAACCAUAAUUCAUCAAAAACUAGAGGUUCACCAGGUUCAUCAAAUGAUGAUAAUAGUAUAUCAAUAAUGAAUAAUACUAAUUUAUCACCAUCUUCUGUUACUGAUGAUAUGUCAGGUUGUGAUGAAAAAAAAUCUCCAUCAUCUAAGAAUACCUCAGAUAUAUCAACAGCAACUAGAGAUGAUGAGGAUGAUGAAUGUAUGAUAGGUGAUGAAAAUUUAAAAGAAGAAAUUGAUGAUGAUGCUACAGAGAAUGAUCCUUUAAAUGCGGGUUUAUCAUUAAUAAACUCAACUUUUCUCAAUACAUGUCCUCCAUCUACACCAAUCUCAACUAAAAUUGUUGAUCCUACUAAUAAUAAUACAAAAUGUGGUGGAUUAACACAUGAACAAAAACAAAUUAUUGUUUCAAUGGAACAUAGAUUUCCAGAAGGUGCCGUUAGGAGAGCUGCUGAGAAAGCUGCUAGAUCUUUUCAAUCAACUCAACCUAAAGUUUUUGCAUGGCAAAUUUUACGUGAAUCAGUUACAGAUGAUGAAUUAAAAAAUGUUCAAAUAAGUUUACGUACAUUUCAUGGAGAAUCAGCUAAUCAUCUUUUAUCACGUCAAUUACCAAAGAUACGAUUAGUUGUUGAAACAACAAUGACAUACUUUAAAUGGGAUAAUUUAAGUGAUGAACAACAAUUAACAAAAGCUAAACUCCUAUUGUCACAUUUAAAAAAUAAUGCCAAAGUUCGCAAUUGGACAUUACGCGAAGGAAGACCCUCAAGAACACAAGGUGCAGUAGGAGGAAAUGGAUUAAAUUAUCCAUCUAAUCCACAUUCCAUUAACCCCACACCAAAUGGAGCAUUAUUUGCAGCGGGACCAUUUGGUGCAUUAUCAAGAUCUUCAAUAUCAUCACCAUUGAAUCUUUCAAAUAUUAAUACUGCAGCAGGAUUAGCUGCAGCAGCAGUUGCCAAUACAACUAAAGCUCAAGGAGGAAUGGAUAAUUUGUGGAUUCAUUAUGCUGCAAUGUUACAAAACAAUUCAAGUUUAGCAGGUCUAAUGAAUGGAAAUACUGCUGUAAAUACAGAAACAGCAAUCUCAGCAACCUCAAAACAAUAA